AUGGCGUGAGCCGUGUGCGAGGUUUUGUUGUUUUCAUUACGGGAUGAAUUUUGGCGCUAAUCUAGAUGGUUUUAUGUGAUGAGUGAUUCAGUCGUCGUCAGCGGAUUGAUACAAGUUUACUCUUCAGCAAGAUUGCCCAAUAUCUCGAAAUGGAAUCAGGCUGGAAGGAAUCAUAAUUGUCAUCAGAUCGGUUAUUAAGCGCAUAUGCGUGGUGACUUGCCUAUAUUUUUGGGCGAGUUUCGAAGAUGAGCUGUUCGAUUCUAACGACUUAAGGAUUGCACCGCUUUGAAGGAUGGAGACGGAGCCCCGCUUGCCUGAGAAGCGGCGGCGGCGCGUGACGGGCCAGGAGGCGCCGCCGCCGUCGGCAGCCGGCCCGACGCCGCUCGCCGUCCGCCAGCUGCAGAUGGCACCGACGGCCGCCGCCUCCGCCGCCGCCGCCCACUCCGCGGCCGGCGGCGAGCCGCUGGUGAUCCGCACGCCGGCCGGCGCCGAGACCACCUCGAAGAUGAAGCAGAUCCUGCGCGAGCUGGGCCGCCGGCCGCGGCCGCGCCGUGCCCGCAAACUCUCCAACGCCGCCCAGCUCAAGCAGACCCAGGAGGGGGUCAUCGAUCUGGAAACGCCCGACAGCAUCCUCACCCGAGUCCAGGUGAAGUCGCUGCUGAGCCGGUCGGCGUUCUGCCGGCUGCCGUCGCUGUACCAGCUGCAGCUGGCCAGGAUGCUGCCCGACGCCGACGGCCCCAGCGGCUCGGACGGCACCAUGAAACUGGGCGGCGCGAGCCUGAACAACGAGUUUCUGGCGCGCGCGUGUCACCAGUGGCAGGAGAGGCUGCGCCAGGGCGAGUUCACGCACGAGAACCAGCACAAGUACCGCGCUGAGCUGGACAUGAUGCGGCGCCGGCUCGACCCCUGGAAGGCGCGGAACUUCGAGCCGGUGUGGGGCCGCCGGCCGAAGCGGUCCGACAGUCCGGUGACGAGCGCUGCGCAGGCCGCGCUGGCCACCGCGCUGCCGCCGUCGCCGCCCGCCACCGCCGCCGCGCCGGCCGCCGCCGCCGCCGCCGCCGCCGCCGCCGCUGCCGUUGUCGCUGCCGUACCUGAAGUCAAACCAAAGAGAUCGUGGGCCACGCCGCCGCCGGAGCCGGCCGGCAAGGCUGCUGCCGACACGCCCGCGCCGGACAACGAGGACGAGUGGAGCUCGCCGCACGACGUGUCGCUCGAGUCGGCCUGGUCGUCGGCCGAGGUGGAUGAGGCCGGCCCCACGCCCGACGGCGACCGGCCCGCCGGCGACGACGACGACGACGACGGCGGCGACGGCGACGGCGACGGUGACGGCGAGGAGGAGGAGGAGCUGCCCGAAGAGGAGGAGCUCGAGCGGCUGAUGGAGCAGGUGGAGGAGGAGGAGGAGGAGGAAGAGGAGGAGGACGUGGCCGACGCGGCCGACAGCGUCGACGCGGCGGAAGUUGCCGACAGUGCGGACGCGGUCGAUGCCGCCGAUGUUGUGGACUCGGUGGACAUGGUGGAGGGCGCGGACGUCGUCAACAUGGUGGAAAGUGCGGACGUCGUCAACAUGGUGGAAAGUGCGGACGUCGUCAACAUGGUGGACAGUGUGGAUUCCGUGGACAUGGUUGAGAGUGCGGACGCGGCGGACGACGCACCGCGACCCGAGAUGGCCGUGUUUGUUAGCGAGAAAGGCCGCCGGACGCCGACGCCGCCCGACAGUCCGCCGCGCGUACAGCUGACGCCGGUGACUGUGUCGUGCGCGCCCCGCGAGCCGCCGCCGGCGCCGGCGGUGGCGCUGCUGGCGGCGCCGGACGGCGCGCGGUCGCUCGUCGCUCCCGAUGGCCUUAUCACCACCAUCUCCAUCACGACGGCCAACUCUGAGCCGUCGUCACCGGCCAGCGAGGCGGGCGGCGAGACACCGGUCGGCGUGGCCCUGCAGGCGACCACAGUCCGCCCGCCAGACCGACCUCCGCCCGACGACGACGACGACGACGAGGAGGAGCAGCGAGUGACGAUCGUGCCGGUGCCACCGCCCGGCGACGCUGGCGGGCCGACGCCGCGGCUGGUCUCGCCGCCACCGCGCGCUCCGCUCCACCCCGCCGCCGGCGCCGGCGUCGUCCCGCUGCGGGCCAAGACCAAACAGCGCGCACAGACGGCCAAGUCGAAGAGCGCGCGCCCGCCGGCCGGCUCUGUCAACCUGGAGCGCUCCUACCAGAUCUGCCAGGCGGUGAUCGCCAAGUCUCAGAACCGGGCGCAGCUGCAGGCGCAGCUGAAGCCGCUGCCGGCGCUGCUGGCUGAGCGGGGCGGUCCGGCCGGCCGCCGGCCCGCCGGGCCGCCGCACGCCAUGCAGGUCAAGUACGUCCAGGUGCCCGGCCAGAAGGUGUUCACCGCCACACGCGUGGUGGCCAUGCCGGACGCGCUAGUGCUGGGCGAGCUGGGCGAGAAUGGCACGGUGGUGCUGCGCAAGGACCUGCUGGUGCGCGGCAAGCAGAAGGUGUACCAGAUGACGGACAGCAGCGGCAAGACGGUGCUGGUGAUGCGACCGGUGCUGGAGUCGCCGCGCGCCUCGAGCCAGCAGCAGCAGCACUUCAUUAAUCAGCAGAUGCAGCAGCAGCAGCAUCGUCAACAGCAGAUGCUGGCUGCUCAGCAGCAGCAGCAGCAGCAGCUGACGAUGAUGCAGCAGCAGCAGCAGCGGCCGCCGGUGCCGCAGCAGCGGUACAUGCUGGACCCCAAUCAGAACGUGGCGGUGCGGCCGCAGCAGUGGGCGCCGGCCGUAUACCGGCCUCCCCUCGGGCAGCCGCCGCCGCCGCAGGUGGACUCGCCCGCCGCAGCCGCGCAGUACGUCAGUCUCAACCAGCAGGUGGUGCAGAUUCAGAACUCACCAAACCCGACGGCCACGGGUCAGGCGGCGGCGGCGGCGGCAGCAGCGGCGGCGGCUCCGGCGCCGGCGGCCGCCGGUCAGCCCGUGUUCCAUAUGCAGGGCGGCCGGCCCAUGGUGAAGGUCGUCUCCAGCGGCGGCGAGUGUGGCUGCAGCCUCAAGGCGAUGGUGAUGUGCCAGAAGUGCGGCGCCUUCUGCCACGACGACUGCAUGCCGGGCCCGCCGCAGCAGACCGUCUGCAACACGUGCCUGGCGUGCCGGUGA